AUUUUGGAACCAGAUUCUGACAUAUAAACCAAGACAUGAUCCUAUUGUCAUGGUUACAUAAUGACAAACGACUCGUGUCAAAAUCAUUCUCGGUUCUACGGGGAACUCGAUGCAGACUGUAACUGCGCAGCCUGUACAACAACCGGUUUUCAGAAUCUGCGUAGUUCAUAAUGGUGAUAUAUAUAGACUUUUAGGAUCAUGAUAUUGAUUAAACGACUUUUGAUUCCUUUUAUUCUUCAUAGCCUUUUCACAGGCUCUCGUACCUCUAGGAGGAAGUGCCAUAUCUCUGCCGCACAUACAGCCAAACUCGAGAAAUUCUCAAGCUCUUGCACGAGCAUCACCAACUCCGAGACGCCUUUGCCAUGCCAUGCAUCCUAUCAAGUCGGCCUGCAUAACCCCAGGUAUUCUCCUGACCCUGGGUCGUUUGGAGGAUUCAGCCGCAGCGCUCUGUGCGCUUGUUCCGGGCUUGAAUCGAAGACCCCAUGAAAUGUGAGAAAAAUGACUAGUCAGUUCUCUCUGUAGCACCUCAGUUAUAGGU